ACACUAAGCUUCAAUCGACUUCCGACACAGUAGUAGUUUGGAAAUUCAAGACCAAGAUAGUCCCUAAAGAAUUCAAGGAAAGAUUGAAAAUGAGCCUACCCAAAACAUUCCGCCAAGCUGUCUUCAAAGAGUCCGGUGGCCCACUGGUCAUCGAAGAUGCCAACCUGAACCCUCCUGCGCAGGGGGAAAUUCUGGUUAAGGUCGAGGCAUGCGGUGUAUGCUAUUCGGAUACCAUCGCACAGCAUAACUGGAUGGGUGGCGGAUUCCCACAAGUUCCGGGUCAUGAAAUAAUUGGGGAAGUUGCUGCUGUUGGAAGUGGAGUCUCAGGGUGGGCAGUUGGGGAUCGUAUUGGUGGUGGAUGGCACGGAGGACAUGAUGGUACAUGCAAAGCUUGCAAGACCGGUCACUAUCAAAUGUGUGAUAACCAAUUGAUAAAUGGAGUGACGAAAGUUGGUGGAUACGCUGAGUACUGCAUCCUCCGAUCCGAGGCUGCUGUCCGCAUUCCACCAGACGUCGAUGCUUCGGAGUAUGCUCCAAUGCUCUGCGCUGGCGUAACAGUUUUCAACUCGAUGCGCCACAUGCAGAUUCCUCCAGGUUCGACGGUUGCCAUUCAAGGCCUGGGAGGACUAGGACAUCUUGCAUUACAAUACGCCAACAAAUUCGGAUAUCGCGUCGUGGCACUUUCACGAGACAACAAGAAGGAGAAGUUUGCUAGGCAGCUUGGUGCUCACGAGUAUAUCGACGGUAGCAAGGAAGACAUUGGUCAAGCACUGCAGAGACUAGGUGGCGCUUCUUUGAUUGUUUCAACUGCACCAGAUAAGGACUCUAUCACCCCUUUGUUGAGCGGACUCGGAAUAAGAGGGAAAUUGCUUAUUCUGUCCGUUGUCGAUGGUCUUCCGGUCAACAGUGCUAUUCUGAUGCGUCGCGGAUCUUCAAUUCAUUCAUGGCCCAGUGGCCACGCAAUGGACUCAGAAGAGGCGAUCCAGUUUGCUGGCUUACAAGAUAUCAAGUGCAUGGUUGAGACGUUUCCUUUGGAAAAAGCCAAUGAGGCUUAUGGUGCUAUGCUGAAUGGAAGUGUUCGUUUUCGGUCGGUGAUCAAGAUGACCUAGAAGUGAUCCACGAAUGUUUCGAUAAAAAGUAGUUGCUUGUAGUCCAUGUGUUACAGUUUGAGAUACGACGCAGAACUUUCACACGGGAGAGUCACUUAAUUUGUCAAAGUGAUACAGAAAAGCAAAUGUACCUAGGCAGUGGAGUCAGAUGAAGCUACGUAUUUCUUCGAGGAUCAAUGUUAGUGAAAUUAAUG